CUACUUUGGAAGUUAAUAUAGCAACACGUACAUUUUCCAGUUCUUGAAUACUAUAUACAUUUUAUUACUGUUAUAUAUAUAUAUGAUAUUCUUUUCUAAAAAUGAGUGAAACGAAGGUGAAGCCAGACAAACUGAAAAGGCAGAGCAAGAAAACGGGGAAAGUCCCCGAUAAGAAAGUGGAUGAGGAAAAUCGGCGUCGCCGGCGGAUUUUGUGUCAAUUAUCCCGGGCUCCUGGAAAAUGUCCGCUGGGCGAUUGCGAGCAGGUGGUUUUUCCCUCGGGCCUGUUGGUUCACCUUCUCCACAAACAUGGCCACGAACCCACUUCAAUGAUAUACGAAGUUUACGAUGAUCAGCCACUGCGUUUGAACUUUAAACUCGAUGACCUUGAGCUGGAUGUGCCGCAGGCCAUUGCCAUAUUGCUGUAUGCUGGCACCGAGGAUAAAAAAGAAACUCUACCAGCUCGCCGGCACUUGAGUUUCCCGAAUAGCGGUCUUCUAAGCGAUAGACGUUGCUAUGAACAUCAUUUGACCAUGGUCCUAAUGAUUUGCAGGACCAACUGGUCUGCCAUGCUGCCCGAUCAGAAACUCGCCACCGAGCUGGAGAAGAUUGACCAGCCGGAUAAUAUCAUAUAUAUCUUGUGGCUGGUCUCUCCGGUGACCGCCAAUCGAAUGCUAUACACCCUGACCCUCUUCGAUCGUUUAUACAUACAUUCACGUUGUGUCAUUCGAAAUGCCAGGAAUUAUGUUGUCUCACAGAAUCCAAGGGAUUUUCUAAGUCUCGAAUCGGAUUACCUUCUACUUCGCCAUGAAGAUGCAUUGGAUUUAAUGGCUGAAAAGGAAAUUACCAGUCUCGAUGACAACCAGCCGGAGGGCAUUCAUUUGGAACUGUUCCUACACGAGGAUCUGUCCGCAAAUACAUUGGAGAGACGGGUCUCUAGACAUGUGUUGGAUACCUACAAUAGCCAUGGUGACAAAAUGCCACGCAACAAGAUGAAUCUGGAUAGGGAUGCCCAGGGAAAACUGUCCCUAAAUCGAAAACCCCUCUCGCUUCCCAUGGUACCAAGUCCAAAGACGUCGUAUCCGGAAAUGGAUAGCUUUCAGCCCGAGGAGGCUAACAAGAAUACAAUCGAUGAUCAGAGCAAGGAACCGUCCCCUAAGGUUUCCAAGGAAAAAACGAAGGCCAGGGAGGCGAAGGCUAAGUCUAUGCAGGGACACUCUUCUGAGUUAAUAAUAGAUAAAGAUCUUAUAAAUAAGCUUGUGACUGAUCAAAAAAAGUUUGUUAAAAAGGAACUUGAAUUGAGCCAAGAAGUAAAGCAUCUUGACAAAGAGGAAAAUGAAAAAAGCCAUAAAAAUCUCGAAGCGAAAUGGUCCAAUUAUGUAAUUGCUUCAAGGCGGAGAAAGUCCAAAGCAAAGCAGCUGAUAAAAAGCAUCCAGAAGUAUCUGCAAACUUGCCAGGAGGAAAAUUCAUCUGUAACUGAUCUCGAAGACACCCUCAGGGAAUUUGCUAAAGCGGAUCCUGACCAGCUUUUAGCCGAUAAGGGUACAAAGAAAAGAAAAUCCAUUUCACCGGAAAGACAUCCAAGGAAAUCUAGGCAAGUGAGCCCAGAAGGACCCACGGGAUCACGCGUGAGGGCAGGAUCCAACCGAGGAGUGACCAUGGAAUCCAUAGAAGAAAUCACAGCCAUUCCCAUGAGGAAACUGAAGGAAUCAUUAUUAAAUUUGCAAAUUCCGAUCACCAAAGAAGUACUGGAAACGGUGAAGGAGGCGGUAAUUAAGUCGGUCAAGGAGGCGGUUAGAAAGGUGGCCCAAGAGACUGUGAUCUCUAAAGUAAAUUUGCCGCCGGAAUUCGAGCUGCAAGAGCACGAGGUACGGGAACCUAAAACCAACAAGCCAGAAACCCAACCGGAAAUGCAAGACAAGACUAAAACCGUUACGGAAACGGAAACGACACCAAAAAACUUAGCCAAAAUCCCCGGAGUUGCCAUCAACAUUGAAUCUGUUUCCGUAACCGACUGCGAUUCAGGCUCGGAAACCUGUGCCCCGUGAUCAAGCAUCAUCUAAUUUGUAAAAGGUCAUUUGUAUAAAUCUGAAGUUACUUUCAUGGUCAGCCAUUUUCGGUUAAUCUCUUCCAAAUUUCAUCCAACGAAUUGUAAUUCUUUCCAUACAAUAAAUGACCCAAAUUCGGGCAGCAUACCUAAUACGAUUUUAUGAGGGCCAAAAUGCUUUCGUUGUUUUCAUUGGUAUUAUUUAAAUUCCAGUUUCGUUUCGUAGCCGCCACAUGAAAAUGGUCAAAUCCU